AUGAAAUAUGGUAUGAUUUGUGAAGAUUAUUUACCAAAAGAUUUUGAUAAAAAAUCUUAUCAAAUUAAACCAUUUUGUAUCAGUAAAUUUAUAUAUGAUGGUGAUACUAUUGAUCUUGAAAAUGAACAAAAAAUCACGGUGAUUUUUACUCCUGAUCAUAAACCUGAUUCAAUUUCAUUAUUAGAUAUACAAGAACACCUUUUAUUUGUUGGAGAUAUAUUCUAUCCGGGGCCUAUUUAUCUUUAUAGACCGUAA